GAAUACCAAAAAGCACUACAGUUGAGUAGAAACAUACGAACGCUCGUAAAAUGGUAGUGUCACAUUAGAGCGUUACUAAGUACCAGCAAGAGAGUACUGAGUACAACAAAGUAUAGAGCAAACUCGUACAGCAAGUAUUUAGUAGGUAGUCAAUGUGUACAUACAUUUGUAUCUCUGUACGUACAAAAAUAUAUUACACGGGUAGUUUGCGUUUGCGUUUCAAACAAGCGUGCUAAAAUAAAAGCGAUUUUGACAAUUUACUGCGAAAAAAAAAAUAUGUUCGGUGGAACGUCAGUGAAGGUUUAGUGAAAACGCAAAAGAAAAUACGAGAAAAUGACAGAUGACCGUGGAAAAGCCGAACGUUUUUCCUUAGCUGCUGGCUUUAGUGCACAGUGAGUGUGGAGCUUUGUUCAAUAAUUAUGGACAAAUUGAAAAAGCAGCAAGAAAUACAACUAAAUAUAAUAGAAGCAACGAAAGCAACGUGACAGUGAAAAGCAGAAACAUAAAACAAAAAUAUUAAAAAAAAAAUUAAUUAAAUAGAUAAAUAAAAGAAAUAACAGCACGUACACAGUGGAGAGUUGCGGACACAAAUACAUACACGUAUAUAUGUACAUACAUACAUAUGCACAUAGCCACUUGAUUGGACACCAAUAACAAACAGUGCCAAAUAAGUGCAGAGCAGCAACAGAAAAAAAAAACGUGAAAAAUCAAACAAAAAACCAAAAACGAAAACGAAAACGAAAUUUUGAUACCUUGAGAAUAAAUAGAUUGCAAUAGACAGUUAAAUUAGUGGAAAAUACACUAAACUGCAAUAACCGAAAUCAAAGCAAAGUUGACAAAUAAAAACUGAAAACAUGGGACAACAACGAAUAUUUUGGUUCAUUUUCGGCUUAUUCCUCUUUACCACACAGUGGCUAUAUGUGAUUAGUUCCAACAUAGCCACAAGUUCCGAGGAAACAUCUGAUGAAAAUACGCUAACAACAAAUACUGAACUACACAACAACAACAACAACAACAACAGCGAUUUGCUAAGCAAUGAAUUUUUACCAUUUUCUAAUGAAAUUUCCAAUGAGUAUUUUAGUGGUGAGCAGGAGGAGGAUGGCGAUCAUGAAUGGGAUUUGUUAAUAUUUACACAACAAUGGCCAGUCACGACAUGCUACCACUGGCGGGAGGAAGACAGUACACAUGCAUGUCUUUUACCCGACAAAAAGGAAUUCUGGACUAUACAUGGUGUUUGGCCAACAAAGUUGGGACAUAUGGGUCCGAGUUUUUGCAAUAAGACCGCCGAUUUCGAUUUAGAUCAAUUGGACAAGAUUAUGACAAAUCUUAAAACAUAUUGGCCAACAAUCGAUGGUGAACAGAAGUUGGGUCAUUUCUGGGCGCAUGAAUGGUUGAAGCAUGGUACAUGUGCUGCCUCCUUGGCGCAGCUAGAUAAUGAACUGAAAUACUUCACACAGGGAUUGGAAUGGCGAGAAAAAUUCUUAAUGUCAAAUAUAUUGGGAAAUGCUGGCAUACAUCCAGAUUCAAAUAAUACGGUGGUAGCACUACAGAAUGCACUGGUGAAAUCGCUGGGCAAAAAUCCAUCCAUACAUUGCAUAUAUGACAACAAGCGAGACGUGAGUUAUCUCGAGGAGAUACGUAUUUGUCUUACCAAACAAUUUGAGCUUACCGAUUGUGAUGGUGUGCCGGGCGAUGCAGUGCCCAUUGAUUAUCCAGGCGGUACAGUAAUUACCAAUUGCCACAUAUCGAAACCCAUACAUUAUCCUAGCAAUGUGCCGCCAUUACUGAGAGAGCAAGAGAAAAAAUGGGAAUUUCCUGUAGUCAACACUUAUAAGUUACUGCAAUUCCUUAUGUGGUUUACGCUGUAAGAAAGAUCAUUCAACACAAUAGCAACAACAAUAGCAAAACUAUUCUUGAUACGUAUACAUAUUAGACAACGAUAAUAUGGCGUGCGAAUAUGAAAGGGAUUACUUCUUCUAAGAGAGAAAUUAUUGUAAUUUAUACAUUUUGGAUAAAAGGGAUAAGAUCUGAUUUUGUGCACAUAUGCACGCGAAUAGAUGAGAGAAAAAUUUACAAUAUAUACAUACAUAUAUUUUUAAUAAUGCAAUACGAAACUUUUAAAAAUAGCGGCAGAAAUGCAUAGAGGCAGGAGAUGGAGUUUUAUACAUAUGUAUUUAUGUAUGCCCGUAUUUAGAUAAUUGAGAAAUAGAUGCGUAAAUCACGCUUAGCACAUAUUAAACACUAUUAUCGAAAUAAUGUAAUUUUGUGUUAUACAUGUAGAAAUGUUAUUAUUGUAGAAAUGAUGUACGCUUACUUUAUACUACUGGCAAUUAAUCACGACGAAUUUCAGAUUUUUUUAAAUUUAAAAAUUAAUUUUUGUUUAAUGUUUUCCUGAAAAGAAACCUUUACGAAUAAAGCUGGAUAUACAUAAUUAUACUAAAAGAACUAAAAAAUAAA